AUGGCCCCAAGCGCAAUCAUCGAAUCGGUAGUAGCCGUAACUCAAGCUGACACUCUAGGUCCUGAUAUAUAUCAGAAUGCCCAAGCCGUAUUCGGCGGCCUACUAUCCGCCCAAGCAAAAUCCGCAGCCAGCGCAACAGUCCCUCCCAAUUUCCACACAUACUCAUCCCACUCCUCGUUCAUCAAACCCGUCACCCUCAACGCCGGGGGUAGAGUCUUCUACCACGUCGAGCGCACCGCCGACGGACGCGCCUACACGACGCGCCUCGUGCACGCCACCCAGGGCGACAAAGACAAUACCUGUGUUUACAUAGCCGUCAUCUCGUUCCAAAGCCGCGACAAGUCCCCGCAUAACGCCUUGAACUACGGCACUCCGCUACCCGAUCUGUCCGGCGUUAGUCCUGACGACAUCCCGGAGGGUCUCAACCAGAAGAUGCCAGCAGCCUCGGCAAGUCCAGACGGGCCCUUUAAACAACUCGAUUCAGACGGUGAACCAUUCGACUGGCGUCCACUCCGAUUCGCACUAACAAACGAACCCUACACCUGCCGUUCCCACAGUUUUGCGCGUUCACUGCCCCUAUCCACCACCUCCGCGGCAGUCAACCUCGCGGCGCUGGCGUACAUGUCGGACCAAGUACUCUUCUCAAUAGCCAUCUAUGCGAACCCGGACAAGGUAGGCGAGAGGGCGAAGAACGUAACGAUGGGAGCUACUCUCAGCCACAACGUUUCGUUUCACGAUCCGGCUGUCAAAGUGGACGAGUGGAUGGUCGUCGAGCGCGAGACGUCCUGGGGUGGUGGUGGGAGGGUGCUUAUCCAUGAGCGCAUUUGGGAUUUGAAGAGCGGUUCUUUGGUCAUGACGUGUAUGCAAGAGGCGCUAAUUCGCCUGAGGGAUUCUAAGAUUUGA